AUGGAUUCGUUCACGGACUUAUACCUUUUCGGUGAUGGUGAUGAACCAUAUAGUCCAUAUGAUAAAAGAAAAAUGAUGCUACAAUUUUUUAAACAAUUGCAACAACCUAAUCUUGAACCAUUGUGGUUUGUUCAUUAUUGGGAAGAAUUACAAGAAUUUUUAUCUGAUUAUCAUAAAUCAGAACAAGAUGCGUUAAUAUUUAUUGCAAUGUUAGAUUUAGCAAAAUCACCAAUACCUGAUUUAUUUUUUAAACAACCUUAUUUUGAAAUUGAUAUUGAUCAAGUUAAAGAAUUUACUGCAAAAAAUGAUCCAGAAUAUUGGGAGCAAUGA